CGCGGGGGGAAGAAGGUGUCCUCAUUAAAGUUUCCUCUUUAACUGAAAGGUAGAUCGAAUCGCUUCUCGCUCGGAGCUUCCUGGAGUAACCGUCGGAGAACUCAUCAGCGUCUCUCUCUCUCUCUGAGACUAUCGAAUCGGUGGAAGGAGAUUCGCCUGAUCGAAAGUUCGUGAUCUAUUUCGUAGUGUGUGAUUUUAAUUUAUCUUUUUGUAGGUUUCCGUGAUUUAGAUUCCUCGUUCCCUUGGAUGCUUUCUCUGGUGAUUGAUUGUUCCCAUACGCUUUAGCUUUGAUUGAUUGGGUUUCUGUAUAUAGUUUUGCGAAAAGACUUUGAAGAAUCUAGGUGGUAAUGCAAAAAUAGGUUAAUAAUCCAUCAAGAAGUCAGUCUUUUGAGUUAGCAAAAGGAGGCUUCUUGGAGAAUCAUCUUCGGAGUUGUUGAUGUGUCUCAGAGAUUCAAGGUGAGUCUGAGAGCCUUGGAUCUACAAGUAUUGAUUCUUGGGAAACAUUCCUUCUUUGUGUUGCUCUUUCUCUUCGCUAACCCAGAGUCGUGCUUGUGCUAUCUUCGUCCUGUUUCCCUUGAUCAUGCAACUCCUAAACCUUCUCUGUUUAUUAUCUAAAGUGGAUCCUGGUUGCCCACUAUUUUUUUUGUAGCCUUGUCUAUCUUCACCUUGAGUUUCCCUUUAGAGCAUUUGGAGCUUGUGAACUUAGUAGAAUGUUCUCGUGUCUUUUUAGUUCCUUUGGUUGCUGGUACAUCCUUCAGGCCAGAUUCAAAGAUGGAUAACUAAAGAGUACUCUUCAGGCUUUUAAUUCCUUUAGUAAAAAAUUCUGAUUCAUACUGAAGUAAUAUAUUGGUGCAGAGUGGCAAUGGGAGGUUGGGGAUAUCCGGUUUAAACCGGAUAUGUUUUCCCACAUUUCAAGAACUGAAGUGAGCUAAGCUUUUCUUUCUGUACGAAGGCUCCAUCAACCAAGAGGGCUGUGUUUAGUUUUUAUAAUUUGUAAAUCUUCUUGUUUUGAUGUUACUUGCCUCUUGGAGAAAGCUUAUUGGAGCCGUUUCAUAACUGGAUUGUCUUGGUGAUGAUUGGAUUGGUCUGCUGCAAUGUAGAUGGAAGCAACAGUUCAUCGAGUUUUUUCAGGUGACAUAUUACUUGGAAAUGAUGAAUAUGUAUUCUAAAUCUUUUCUUGCUUGCAGGUUACAUAAGCUUUUCCAUCAGCUAGCCAGUAUCAUUCACAGAUAGUUCGUAAUGGAGGGGGUACAUUUCAACCAUUUCGUUGAGAAACCCCAGAAGACUGACCGAGAGAAGAGUGAGAUGCUCAGCCCUCAUUCACGCAAUGAAGAAACUGAGUCGUUGACUCUCGAACUCGAGUCGGCAGAGUCAUUAUUAAAAGAAGUCCUUGACAGAGGACUAAUGGAACAUGGAUGUCCUCAUUACAGAAGAAGGUGUUGCAUUAGAUCUCCUUGCUGUGAUGAGAUCUUUGGUUGCCAUCACUGUCAUAAUGAGGCGAAGAACAAUAUAAGUGUAGAUCCGAAACAGAGUCAUGAUAUUCCUCGCCAGAAAGUUGAACAGGUUAUUUGCUUACUCUGUGGCACUGAACAAGAGGUUCGCCAAACUUGCACCAACUGCGGAGUGUGCAUGGGGAAGUACUUCUGUGAAGCCUGCAAGCUCUACGAUGAUGAUACAUCUAAAAAACAGUAUCACUGCGACGGCUGUGGAAUAUGCAGAAUCGGCGGACAUGAAAAUUUCUUUCACUGUUACAAGUGUGGCUGUUGUUACUCAAUCCUUCUCAAGAACAGCCACCCUUGUGUUGAAGGAGCAAUGCAUCACGACUGCCCCAUUUGUUUUGAGUACCUGUUUGAAUCAAGGAACGAUGUAACAGUUUUGCCCUGCGGACACACCAUCCAUCAGAAGUGUUUGGAGGAAAUGAGAGAACAUUACCAAUACGCGUGCCCGCUUUGCUCAAAAUCUGUAUGCGACAUGUCAAAGGUGUGGGAGAAAUUUGACGUGGAGAUUGCUGCUACACCAAUGCCAGAGCCAUACCAGAACAAAAUGGUUCAGAUCCUCUGCAACGACUGUGGGACAAAAUCAGAGGUCCAUUACCAUGUGGUGGCUCAGAAAUGCCCAAACUGCAAAUCAUACAACACUCGCCAAACCCGAGGCUGAAGCAGAGGCUUUUGAAAGUUGGUUUGCUAUCAUAUGCAUUUUAAGAGCAAUAUACUUGAGUCAAUAGUGUCAUUGGCUUCUUCACUUGAGGGCUCAGUCUCUCGAGUCUCAUCUCUUCUUCAAUAUUAACCGGCUGGGCCCUUGUUAGCUGGUGUUCUGUAAUAAGCUCUAGUUGUUUUUCCAUUGCAACAUGUUUCCUUUGUCCCGACUCUUGAGUUAUUCGUUAAUGAUCUGAAGAAAUACAUGGCAAACUAAAACCAUUAUGAGUUA